AUGGACCUUAUCCAGGGGCUAAUACAGCAGCCAAAAGUUCAAUCUGUAGAUGAAACCAUUCCAACAUUGUGCGAUCGAGUUGAAAACUCCACUUUGAUCAGUGAUAGAAGAUCCGCCGUACUCGGAUUGAAGGCGUUCAGCCGUCAGUAUAGAGAAUCUGUGAUUGCAUCUGGGCUGAAACCGCUGCUUAAUACCUUGAAGCGUGAUUAUAUGGAUGAGGAUUCAGUGAAGGCGAUCUUGGAGACAAUUUUGAUUCUUUUUAUUAGAGGCGAUGGUCAUGACGACUUAACUAGAGGCUGGAUUUCCCAACAAUCGCGAUUGCAAAACGGGAAGUAUCCCUCACCCCUUGUCAUGAAACAGGAAAAAGAACAAGCAGAUCAAUUCUCACUCUGGAUUGCCGAUGCUUUGACGCAAUCUGAGGACUUGAUUCAUCUACUUGUUGAAUUUUGGGAAAUUGACAACUUUCAUAUCAGGCUAUAUACAAUUCAGUUGUUAGAGGCUGUAAUGGCCACGAGACCGGCGAAAGCAAGAAGUGCUUUGAUUUCAUUGCCAACGAGCAUAUCGACUAUGGUUUCACUUCUAGAUGAUGUACACGAACCCAUUAGAGACGAAGCUAUUUUAUUAUUAAUGGCGGUAGUGAACGAUUCUCCUCAUGUACAAAAGUUGGUUGCUUUUGAGAACAUUUUCGAAAGGUUGUUUUCCAUUAUUGAUGAAGAAGGUGGUUUAAGAGGCUCUCUUGUCGUUAACGAUUGUUUGUCAUUAAUCAAUAAUAUCCUGAAGUAUAAUACGUCUAAUCAAACUCUAUUCUUGGAAACAGGGAACCUGCCUAAAUUGGCGUACCUCUUGAGUGAACCAAUAUCCCAAGACGAGGGAUUUUUCUGGAAUGACCAAAGAAUAAUUAAUAUUAACACGGCUUUAGAUAUUGUCAGUCUAACAGUGGAACCUGGAAAUACUGUGACCUCUCAACACCAGAAUGUAUUAUUAGAUUCAAGCGUAUUAAUGGUUGUGCUGCGUCUUGCGUUCUUUCAUGACAUCCCAAAAAAAGUUAGACCGAUUGCUCUUUUAACUGCUGCAAACAUGAUUAGAGGUAACCAAUAUGCGCAGCUAGAAUUCAGCAAAAUUGAUGUUCCAUAUUUUGAUCCUUCAAUGCCAGUAAACUCUACCACAAACGGUGGCCCAAUCAGAUUAGUUCCUGUAGUCAGCAUCUUAAUCAACUGGAUGCUAUAUGCCAACUCUGUUCAUACGUUCGAUACAAGAGUUGCAUGUUCCAGACUAUUAAAGGCUUAUCUUAUGGAUAAUUUAGACAUUCAAAAAGAUUUUCUAUUCAAACAAGUUCGGUUAUGUAACCUGCCUUCUACAGCAACUGACAAUGAGGAUACGAAAGAAAAUGGUAUCUCCGACAAUGCUAAUACAGGAAAUUUUAAUGAAGAUACAGAUGCAAAGGAUAAUAUGGGCGAUGAAAACUUUCUGAAGGCAAGCUUAUUUGAAGUCUUGCUAAACUAUGAUGCUGAAUUAAACCUUAACCCUUUCAAAUUAUUCUUUACGACAGAUAUUUUCAUGUUUCUAUUCCAACAGGAAAAUAAAUGUAGCGUUGAAUUACGUGAAAUUACAAGGAAUGUUACCACUGGUAAUGAUCUUGAUGACGAAGAACCCCUAAAGGCAAUUCAAACAAUAAGUGAACUAUUGACUACCUCUCUUUCUGCUGCUGACAUAAGAAUCCCUAUCUCUUAUUUAACUUUCUUAAUAUAUUGGCUAUUUGGUGACUUGAAGGCUACUAAUGAUUUUCUUUCAGAUAAAUCGGUAAUUAAGUCUUUGCUCUCCUUUUCUUAUCAAAUACAAGAUGAAGACGUUACUGUCAAAUGCCUUGUAACAAUGUUACUAGGUGUGGCAUAUGAGUUUUCUUCCAAAGAAUCUCCAUUCCCAAGAAAGGAAUAUUUUGAGCUCAUUUCUAAAAGCUUAGGAAGGGAUAAUUAUGCAUCUCGCAUCAAACAAUUCAAAAAGGACUCAUUUUUCUCAAAAGUCAACCGUAAUGAAGACAGCAUACUAACGCCCCAGCUCGAUGAAACUGGUUUACCAAAAGUUUAUUUCAGCACCCAUUUUAUACAGUUAUUCAACGAAAACAUGUACAGGCUUGAAACUGCGCUGUCGCACAAUCCUGAGGAGGAACCAAUCAAUAAAAUCUCAUUUGAAGAAGUUGAAGAACUUCAAAAGCAAUGUUCAAAAUUGAAAAAUGAACUAGGCUCUUUGCAAACGGAAACAGAAGCAACCAAUGGGGAUCUUACCAAAAAAUUGGAGGCCUUAUCUAAAGAACAUGAAGACCUAAUGGAAAAAUACCAAUCGCUGACUUCCUCACAUUUAUUAUUGAAAGAAAGCUUUUCUAGUCUGGAAAUUGAAUUAGGAACUAUUAAAGAAUCCCUAAAUAAGAUGACGCAGUUAAGAGAUGCACUGGAAACUAAGGAUAAAGAGAAUCAGGCUCUCAUACAAGAGUGCAAGAGUACGAUUCAAAAACAAGAGGAGGCCAUUGAGAUACUAGAAAAAGAACUUGAUAAUGUUUCUUCCCAAAAGAAAAAGGCAGAUGAUGGUAUAAACAAAAUGAGUAAGGACCUAUUCGCCUUGAGCAGGGAAAUGCAGGCAAUUGUAGAAAAAUACAAAAGUCUACAAAAGGAGAAGAGUAAAGAUGACAACAAUCAUCAAAAAGAGGCUAAAUUACUAAAGGAAGAAAUUGCUAGAAAAACAACUGAAAUAAAGUCUUUAAAUGAAAAUUUAGGAAAAACGAAAACUCAACACGAUGAUUUGCUAAAGGAAAAAGAACACAUAUCGAAGGAGCUUGUUGAGUGCAAAUUACGAUUUCAAAGCCACGAUAUUUUGGUCGCAAAACUAACUGAAAAGCUAAAAUCUUUAGCAAAUAAUUAUAGAGACUUACAAGCCACCCAUGAGUCUUUAAUAGCAUCAAUGGAAGAAAUAAAAAAAGAAAAUACCAUGCAAAUGUCUAAUUUGGAAAGCAAAUUUGAUUCUUUAUCGCAGGAGAAGGAAAGUUUUCAAAGCGAGAGAGAGCUUUUAGAAGAAAAUAUUAGAAAACUGAAAGAAACCAUUUCUACUCUAGAGUUAACAAAAGAGGAAGCUAUCACAAAGUUCAACUCUUCAAAAGAGGAUUAUGAGUCACAAAUCGGCCUGUUGAAAGAACAGUUGGAGACUGUGGCCACUGAAAAUGGUGAAAGCGUAAAUAAAAUCUCAGAACUAAGUCACAAUAUAGAUGACUUGAAGGGUGAAUUAGAAACUCAAAAGAACUUUAAAGAUGACCUCGAAGCAAAACUUGAAGCUUCUAAAAAGGUUUUAAAGGAAACGCAGGCAAAUGAGCAGCAUUUAAAAGAAGAGAAGCUUCAACUCGAAGGAGAGAUCACCAAGAUAAAAGAGCAACUUGAUAAUUUGCGCGAUAACUUGAAAUCUUUAGAAAAAGAAAACAAAGAAUCAGUGGCUCAGGUAGAAGAGUACAAGAAACAAAUUUCAGACAAAGAAAAAGAAUAUAACGGAAAACUCUCAGAACUGAACAAUGAGAUUAACUCUGUUCAGCAGAAAAAUGAAACAAUUUGUCAAAAUAACGAAAAAUUGAAAGGCGAAAUUGAAGAAAUUGAGAAAGCUUCUGAAGAUCAGUCAAAUUUGAAAGGGUCCAAAAUUGAAGCUUUGAAUGCGCAAAUCGAAGAGCUCGAAGAAAGUAAGCAAAUAACUGAGACCAAGUUAUUGGAUUCUGUCAAGAACAUGAAAACUGAGAUGGAGAAAAUGAGAGAGCUACAGAAGGAAAGUGAUGCUAAAAUGGUGAAAAUAAACGAGCUAGAAGAAAAGCAAGAAGCUUUAAAACAUAUAGGCAUCCAGAAUUUGGAAUUGCAAAAGGGGGCAGAAGAGGCCAGAAAGGAAUUGGAGGACAAAAAGACUGAGGUAAACGGUUUAUUGGAAAAAAUCACGAGCUUAAACAAAUCUAACGAGAAGACAGAAACUGAGUCAACUCGGUUGAAAAAGACGUACGCUGAAGAAAAAACCAUCCUGGAAGGACAGUUGGAGAAAUUAAGAAACGAAAUGCAGACUAAAAUUCAGGCCUUUGAAAGGGAAAGAAAAUUACUUAAUGAGGGCUCUUCAACAAUUACGCAAGAAUAUUCUGAAAAGAUUAACAUGUUGGAAGAAAAACUAAUUAAAAUAGAAAAUGAGAAUGAAUCAAAGAGUAAAAUGAUCGAUACAAGCAGGAGUGAAUUAGAGAAAGCCACUUCAACCUGCAAUGAACUUUUAGAAGCAAAUCGUAAUGAAAUGAAGUCCAUGAAAGACAAAAUUCUUUCAUAUGAAGAAAAGAUAAAAGAAGCCAACGAAAAACUGCUAUCAACAGAGCAAGGAAAUGAGCAGGAGCUGAAUAGCCUGAGGAAGCAGCUUGAGGUCGUGCAAGAAGCUAAGGUCAAAAUUGAAGGAGAACUAAAGGAAAUGGAGGAGAAAACUACCAGCCAAACAUUGGAGCUGGAGAGAUCUAAAGAAAUUAUGAGAAAGCUGGAAAGUACUAUCGUAAGCAAGGAAAAAGAAAUAGACUCCUCGAUAGAGUUCAGGAAGGAAUUUGACAAAAAAAUAGAAGAGCAUAAAAAAAAAGCUCAGGAAGAAAUUAGAAACCUGCAAGAAGAAAAGGCUAAUUUGGUAGCUCAAAUUGUGGAAUCAAAAAAAGGGAUUGAAGACUUGCAAGGAAAACUGAAAGGUGAAGCAGAAUCUGGCAGAGAAUUAGAGGCCAUACAGAAAGAAUUGACUAAUGCCCAUCAGAAAAUAAAGAUCAACGUAGAAGAAAGUGCGCUUUUGAACUCUAAAUUGAAAGAUUCAGAACGUGCCUUGAGAGACAACCAGGAAAAGCUUGAAGGUAGCAAAGAAGAAAAGGAAUCAAUGAGUUCUCAGUUGACAGAAUUAAAGAGAAUGUUAAAUAGUGCUCAACAGAGGACUAAAAAAUGCGAGGAAGAUCAUGAAACCGAAAUUAAGAAACUACAAGCAGAAAAAUCUGAAUUCGAUGAAAAAGUUCAACAACUUGAAACUAAAUACAAGCAGUUAGUAACCAAAGAGGAAGUUCGGAGAAAAGAUGAAGAUGUUAUAAAGAAAACCGCCGAUUCUCAGAAAAGUGAGAUUGAAAAUUUAAUUAAAGAAUUGCAGAAAUUCAAGAUAGAAAACACGAAGUUAAAAAAGGCAAACAAAGAUCGUUCCGAAAUUGAUGACUUGAUGCUUUUGGUUACUGAUUUGGAUGAGAAAAACAGUAAAUAUCGCUCAAAAUUGAAAGACUUGGGCAUUGAAAUUAGCUCUGAUGAAGAAGAAGAAGAAGAAGAAGACGGGGAAGAUGGGGACGCAGACGAGGAACAGUUAAGUUAA